UAUUGAGAGCAAACACGAAGUCACAAUCUUAGGAGGACUCAAUGAAUUUGUUGUGAAGUUUUAUGGACCACAAGGAACACCAUAUGAAGGUGGAGUAUGGAAAGUUAGAGUCGACCUUCCUGAUAAAUACCCUUUCAAGUCCCCGUCUAUAGGAUUCAUGAAUAAAAUUUUCCAUCCCAACAUUGACGAAGCGUCAGGAACUGUAUGUCUAGAUGUAAUCAAUCAAACUUGGACAGCUCUCUAUGAUCUCACCAAUAUAUUUGAAUCGUUCCUGCCCCAGCUGCUGGCCUAUCCUAACCCUAUAGAUCCUCUAAAUGGCGACGCUGCAGCUAUGUACCUCCAUCGACCAGAAGAGUACAAACAGAAAAUUAAAGAAUACAUUCAGAAAUAUGCAACAGAAGAAGCACUAAAAGAACAGGAAGAAGGCACCGGGGACAGCUCAUCCGAGAGCUCCAUGUCUGACUUCUCGGAAGAUGAGGCUCAGGAUAUGGAGUUGUAGUAGAAGAGGCAACCUGCUUUUCAGAGAGACUCUAAUUUCCUAACCAUGAGAAGCAGACUAUAAUAUUCAUAUUUAAACAAAGCAAUUUUUUUUAUUACUAAACAAGGUUUUUAUGAAUAAUAGCAUUGAUAUAUAUAUAUAUCACCCUUUAGAUCUUGAUUUUCUUGGUCAUUUCUCGAACCCGAGGUGCAUAGCAUAUUCCCACAUUCCAUUUUGGUAGCAAUAUGCAGCCCGAAUGCAUGCAUUCAAAUUCCAUUUGGCCAAGUCAACUUGUGUGCUACUGAACUGUCGGCUAAAACAGCUGCCCUGGUAGGUAGGGAGUUAGCAAAAAGAUGUUUGCUUUCUUAUCAGUGUUUCCAAAGACACCACCUUGGAUGCUAACGUGGAACAGUGUUUUCUCAAAGUAUAAAAUCUGGGGGAUGAUAUACUAAC